AUGAUGUCCAAGCUGAGCCUCGUGCGCCAGCCGCUUACCCGCGCGCAGUCGUCGGUGGCGGCCGCCGUGUCCAACUACCCGUCGUACGUGCUGAACGCGCCUGCCACUGAGGUGACGACGCUGCCCAGUGGUCUGCGUGUGGCCUCUGAGGGCUCGCACGGCGAGACGGCCACUGUGGGUGUGUGGAUCGGCGCCGGUUCGCGUUACGAGACGGCUCAGAACAACGGUGCUGCCCACUUCCUGGAGCACAUGGCCUUCAAGGGCACGAGCAAGCGCACGCAGCAGCAGCUGGAGCUUGAAAUUGAGAACAUGGGCGGCCACCUCAACGCCUACACGAGCCGUGAGCAGACUGUGUACUACGCCAAGGUUUUCAAGAAGGACGUGCCGCGUGCUAUGGACAUCCUCAGCGACAUCCUGCAGAACUCCAAGCUGGAUGAAGCCGCCAUCGAGCGUGAGCGCGACGUUAUCCUGCGUGAGAUGGAGGAGGUCAACAAGCAGCAGGAGGAGGUCAUCUUCGACCGCCUGCACGAGACUGCCUUCAUGGGCAACGGCCUCGGACGCACCAUCCUGGGACCCAUUGAGAACAUCCGCAACCUCAAGAAGUCGGACCUACAGGACUACAUUGCCACGCACUACACCGCUCCGCGCAUGGUUAUUGCCGGUGCUGGUGCUGUGGACCACUCGCAGCUGGUGGAGCUGGCCCAGAAGUCGUUCGGCGACCUGCCCACGACUCCUGCCGUCGCCCCCACGCUCGAGCCUGUGCGUUUCCUCGGCUCCGACGUACGCAUCAAGGACGACAGCAUGCCGCUAGCUCACGUUGCUAUUGCUUUUGAAGGUUUUAGCUGGACUAGCGAGCACUCGUUCCCCCUGCUGAUCAUGCAGACGCUGCUCGGCAGCUGGGACCGCACUUCGGGUGCCGGCAUGAACAUGUCCUCUAAGCUGGGCCAGGUGGUCGCUGAGAAGGAGCUUGCCCACUCGUACAUGUCCUUCAACACGUGCUAUCAGGACACUGGUCUCUUCGGUGUGUACGCUGUCGCUGACAAGUACAAGCUGAACGACCUGACGUGGUACACCAUGGAGGCGCUUGUGCGUCUGGUACACAAGACCACCGAUGACGAGGUUGAGCGUGCCAAGACGCAGCUUAAGGCCAACAUGCUGAUGCAGCUGGACGGUUCGUCGCCUAUCUGCGAGGACAUCGGUCGCCAGAUGCUGACGUACGGCCGCCGUAUGACCCCUGCUGAGAUCUUUGCUCGCAUUGACGCCGUGGACGCUGCUGCUGUCCGCAAGACCGCUGACGAAGUCGUUAACGACAAGGAGCACGCCCUGGCAGCAACGGGUCCUAUCCACGAGCUGCCGGACUACAACUUCAUCCGUCGUCGCUCGUACUGGCUGCGAUACUAA